AUGAAAUGGUUAAAAAAAUAUGCCGUAGCAGGCAAGGAUGCAGGUAGUACAACCAACUUAUCUAUCCCAACUGUAAAAUGGCAAGAUAUUGGUGGUUUAGAACAUGCAAAACAGGAAAUUCUUGAUAUCAUUCAAUCACCUCUCCAAUCCCACUCAAAUCUCAAAACAAGAAGUGGUGUCUUAUUGUAUGGUCCACCAGGCUGUGGUAAGACUCUUCUUGCAAAAGCAGUAGCAACUGAAUGUCAAUUGAAUUUCAUGAGUGUUAAAGGACCCGAGUUAAUUAAUGCGUAUGUUGGUGAAAGUGAAAGAAAUGUUAGACUUGUAUUCGAAAGAGCACGCCAAGCAAAACCAUGUGUUAUAUUCUUCGAUGAAUUAGAUGCUCUUGCACCAAAUAGAGGUGCUAGUGGCGAUUCUGGAGGUGUUAGUGAUAGAGUCGUUUCCCAAUUGUUGGCUGAAUUGGAUGAUAUUUCUAAUGCCUCAGAUGAUGAGAAGGAUUCUACAUCUAAUAAGGGAGUUUUCGUGAUUGGUGCAACCAAUAGACCAGAUUUGAUUGAUCCCGCUCUUUUAAGACCGGGAAGAUUUGAGAGAUUAGUUUAUUUGGGAGUUUCAAAGACACAUGAAGGUCAACUCAAAGUUUUACAUGCUCUCACAAGAAAAUUCAACCUUGCAAAUGAUGUAAACUUGAAAAUACUUCUACAAAACAGAGAAUUUAAUCUAACAGGAGCCGAUUUUUAUGCUAUUUGCACAGACGCUUUUAUGAAUGCUGUAAGCAGGGAAACUAGUGAGGGUGACAUUUCCAAUAAGCAAUCACACCAAAUUGUUGUAUGUCAAGAUGAUUUUGAAAAGGCAUUCAAUAAUAUUACUCCUUCUGUUUCAGCUGUUGACCUAGAACGCUACGAAUCAUUACAAGAUUCCUUUAAUUAA